UUUAGCCAUUUAAAUCAGCUGUUUUGGCUCAAAGACACAUCUAAAACCUGCAGGACACCGGCACUCGAGGCCUGGAGUUCCCCAACCCUGACGUAAAGGUUAAAGAUAUCCAUCUCACUGACGUCACACAGAGCAUUAUGAGUGCAAAGCUGUGGACAGAGGAGCAGUUUAACUGCCCCGUGUGUCUGGAUCUGCCAAAUGAUCCUGUCACCAUCCCUUGCGGUCACAGCUACUGCAUGGCCUGCAUUAAGGACUACUGGACUAAAGAUGACCCCAAAGGGAUCUACAGCUGCCCCCAGUGCCGUCAGACCUUCUGCCCCAAGCCUUCCCUGUCCAGGAACACCAUGCUGGCAGAGGCUGUGGAGCAGCUCCGCAAAGGAGCCCUCAAAUCUGAAGUGCGUGAAUCCAUGCGACUCGCCAAGGGGAAGCUUUCCUCCUCGGUCGUACCAUGUGACAUGUGCAAAAAUGAAAAACGAGCUGCAGUCAAGAGCUGCCUGGUGUGUAUGAGCUCCUACUGCGAGGCCCAUCUGAAGCCUCACCAGACAAAGAAAUCCCUAAAGCAGCACGAGCUCAUCCCACCGACAGGCAACCUGGCCGAAAAGAUCUGCACCCAGCACAAAUACCUGCAGGAGUUCUUCUGCCGACAGUGCAAGAUGUUCAUCUGCUGGCUGUGCACCAGCAACCAGCACAAAGGCCACGAGAGCGUGUCCACCAAGGUCGAAAGGCUGGAGAAGCAGAAAUUGCUGUCCGACCUGCAGUCAGCGAACCAACAGAAGCUGAAAGAGAGAGAGCAGGAGCUGAAAGACAUGAAGAAGAUGAUGGAACAGAUGAAGCGUUCUGCUGAUGUGGUGCACAAUGAAGCGGAGCAGGCGCUGUCGGAGCUGCUGCGCUCCAUGGAACGUCUUCAGGAGCUGCUGGAGGAGGUGAUGGAUCAGGCCAACCAGGAGAAGAUGGGCCAUGCACAAGAAGUUACAGAUAGUCUGGAGGCUGAGAUCAAGGAGCUGAAGAAAAGGGACACUGAGAUGAAGGACCUGGCAAGCUGCGAAGACAACAUCUACUACCUGCAGACAUACGAGUCUAUGUGCAGUCCUCUUGAGUCUGGGGAUCUGCCAGCUGUGAAAGUCAAUCACGAGGCUUCCUUUGAGCCUGUACGAGAUGCCAUCCUGGGUCUCAGGGAGCGAGUGGAAGAUCUAUGCAACCAGGAGCUGGGCAAGAUCACUAAAAAAGUGAAUGACACAACACUGUUCACUCUGGGAGACUCCAACCGAAGCGGACAGAAAGGAGGGAUUUUAAAAUUGUUUUCUGGUCUCAGUGCCCGCAACACAAACGCCCGUCCACAGGCUUCUACACCCACUAUCUCAAUUGGAGGUCGAAGUACAGACAAACGAGGACUUGGUAUAGGACUCAGGAGUCAAGAUGUGAGGAACAGAGACACAGCACGAGACCGAGCUAACACAAGCUCACCCAGACUGCGGGACAGACAGAGGAGAGAAGACAGAGAGAUAUUGAGGGAGCCUAACCCCAGAGCCAGCACCAGAUCCAACAUCAGCAUCGGGUCCAGCAUCAGCCACAGACUUAGCCCCAGAGCUAGCCCCACCCCCAGCCGUAGAGAAUCUCAGUCACUCUGGAGUAGGUCUAGCCAGAGCCAGGCCACAACUCCUACUCCAGUCCCAGCCAGCCUGACUCCUGCUCCUACGCCUGCUCCUGCUCCAGCACCGGCAUCUUCUGGACCUUUUAGCCGAAUGGCGUCGAUCAGCAGCAUAUUCCGCUCCAAUCGCCGUGGCACCAGCCAGGCUACUCCAGCCACACAGGCCAACAACACACCAUCCGCAGGAGGAAAUCCAUGGGGAAUGGCUGAGCUGUCUGAAACUCCCACAGAAAUUAAUCCCGGUCUCUUUUUGGAUACGCCCACUCCGGACUCCACGAAUCAUGCUCCGGCUUUCCCCGCCUUGAGGGAAAUCAGCCUUGACAGUAUUCAGGCCCCAGAGCCGAGGACUAGAGAGGAGUUCCUGCAGUACUCAGUGAGCUUGACCCUCGACUCCAACACGGCCCACAAGCGGCUGACGCUCUCUGAGAACAACACUAAAGCCACCCUGCAGGGGACAGCCCAGCUUUACCCCGAGAGCCCCCAGCGUUUUGAUGGCUGGACCCAGGUGAUGUGUGACAGCCCGCUGUAUGCCCAACGCUGCUACUGGGAGGUGGAGUGGAGAGGCCGGGGCUCCUCAACCGGCAUAGCUUACGGGGCGAUGGCCAGGAAGGGCUCGGACGCCAGGUCAGGCCUCGGAUACAAUGCCCAGUCCUGGACCCUGGAGCUGUCGGACACCUGCUGCACAGCCAUGCAUGACAAUCAGAAAAAGGACAUUCCGGUCGUGUACUGCCCCCGUGUGGGCAUCUACCUGGACCUGUCCGCGGGAACGCUGUCGUUCUACAGCGUCGCAGAGAGCAUGACCCACCUCCACACCUUCCGAGCCAACUUUACCCAGCCGCUUUAUGCCACCUUCUGGGUGGGGAGUGGAAUCGGGGUUGGGCUAGACUUCAGUUCAGGUUCUGAGAGCAUCAAGAUCUGCCCCCUGUGAAGACCAGAGAGCUGGUAAUUCACUGACUGACUUCAGAGCUGAAUUCAGGAAAAACACAAGUGUUCAUGCUGAUUGUUAGAAUGACACAAUGACUGAAAUUAUUUGCAAAGUUAUCCAUGUGUGCGUGUGUGUGUGCGUGUGUGUGUGUGCGUGUGUGUACAUACUGUAGCUUAAAUGGUCUUGGUUAGCUUCUAUUCACAAAAAACAAAGAGUGCACUGUUUUUAGCAAACAGGAGAUUUCAAUGCCUCAGAUUUUGGGUUAAUAUCAGACUGCGCAGUUAUCAUGGCGCUGAUGUCAUGUCUUCUAUAGGAAGAAAAAAUCAUCCUUAACUUUAUUUAUUCCACUUUUGUAUUUAGUUUUUUUUUGAUCAAGAUGUUUGGGUAACCAGAUGGGUGCAGGUGGUGGUUAUGACUGAGAUAUCAAAUAAGUAAACGUCAUUAUCAGAAUGUAAAAAGCAUCAGCAAAGUGUAUAAGGGCUAAAACAUUUUUAAAAAGAUGGUAUUUCAGUGUUGUGCCUAAUAAAGAAAGUAAUAAUAAUGCUUGACUGAAGUGUGAUGAACAAAUGCCACUGAUAUGUUCAUAUGUGCACAUAUGCACAUAUGUGCUGCCUGUUAACAAAAUACCAACUGCACUUCAAGCAUGCAAAAACUAGUUUAUCUAAUAUAGUCAGCCAUCUCCUCCUGGUGGAUGACCUUUGGUGUUUGUUGUUGUUGUUGUUGUUGUUGUUUUAAAGGCAUGUUGGUUACUACUAUUGCAGUUCCUCUAAUGGCCACUUAAGACUGGUUUCAAAAGUAAGUCAGUCCACAUGUACAUUCAUGUUAAAAUGCCCCAGUUUGAUUGUUUGUAAAAAUAUAACUCUUCCAUUUGGGAACUAGUAAGGCUUGGGGUUAGGGACGUGGCUGCUCUGGAUUACAGGUGAAAGAGAAUGAGAUGCCAUAUUUAUCUCAUAUUGGCUUUUCUUCAUUGCCUUCCUUUUUAUCCAGAAUCAAAUUUUAAAUCCUUCUCCUCACAUACAAAGUCUUGUAUAAUCAGGUCCCAUCUUAUAUUAAAAACCUUGUUGUACCAUAUCAGUAUUUUAUUCUCAGACGGCUAGCUAACUUGUGGUUUGCAGAGUAUUUAUAACUAGAAUGGGAGGCAGAGCCUUCAGCUUUCAGGCCUUUCUUCUGUGGAGCCAGCUCCCAGUUUGGAUUUGGGCGACAGAUGUUUUCUCUACUUAUAAGACUUUUUAAAAACUUUGUUUUAAUAAAGCAUAAAGUUAGCACUGGCUAAGGUCACCAUGAAUUCUCCUUUAGCUCUGCAUUUACUCAUUAUGUAUUAUUACUCUGGCUCUCUUCCACAGUCUGUCUUUUAUCCCAUCUCCCUCACCUCACCAUCCUCCACGUGUUAACUAAGCAAGUUAGCAUUAGCUUAGCACUUUAGUCUCUCAUCCAAAUAUGGUCAUUAACCCAACUAUCUUUUAUGUACAGUCUAUUGAAUCCACUGAAGCUAGAUGGCAGUCUUUAAAAAAACAUUUUAGUCCCAAACUUUUAAUAUCCCAUAACUAAGAGAGGGAUCAUCACAAAAUUUGCAAUAGAAUUAGUGUAUUGCAUACAGUGGACUGAAUUUACACCCAACUGCGAACCAUUUGUCUGGAAUUUAGGUCAACCUCAUCCAUUAAAUCAUAACAAAACAGUGAGCCGGGCAAUAUAUUUUUUUAUUUAUUUAUUUAAAAAGACAGACAUGAAUAAUAGGUAUGAGACAUGAAGGAAUCGCAGAACAUUUUCUCUUAUAGCCCGAGAACCUCCUGCUUCAAGGGGAUGGAAGUUAUCCAACUUUAUGAAUGUACCUUCCUUCCUCUCUGCAGUCCUGCUUUCCUAUUAAACAUUCAGCUGAAGCUCUUGUUGCCCUUUAAAGCAUUAUUGUUAAUUAGCUGCUAAAUGCAUCACAAACACGUGUAUAAGCCAGAAUAUUCAAAAUUAAGAAUAAUACUGAGUUUGGAUUCCCUUCAUGUGAAAAGCACAACAAAAUCCUACUUAUUCAAAGAUGUUAUGGCAAAAUGUUAGCUGACAUUGUUACAACACUCACAAUUAUGCUAAAUGUCUCUUAUUUAUGUAGAUCAAACUCUUUCGUCAAUAAAAUAAAGGUUAAAUACAAAAAACUAAAAGUGCAGUUACUGGAGAUGGGGGGCGGGGCAAGGUCUGGUUGGGAACAAUAGCACUGAAGGGUCACAGGGAUAAAGCACAAAGCUCUAAGUUUCCUCAUUUUUAAUGCUAUAGCGUGUCACAUGUAGCAUGUACAGAAUGAUGUCAGAUGUUUUCCUACAGAACACUCCCACCUGCUGGCCGAUACACAAACUGUAUAUAUCCAUGAGAUAAAGGAGAAACAUAUUUUUUUAAAGCAAAGAACCCUUGAAACAAAUCUGAAUUAGGUUAACAGCUAAAAUAAUAAAUUAGUGUUUUUAUUCCCUCUUUACAGCUCAAACCUGAACAUCUGUUGUCAAAGCAAGCAGUGAUCCUUAAACCUCUUAAUCCCACUAAGUGCAACUCAUGUCCAAACACAACUUAAAAAAGGAACUCAAACUAGAGCAGUGCUAGUUUCCACAUACAGCCUGAUACCAUUAAAAACACACAAACAUAAACACGCACAAACAGGCAAAACACAAAGACCUGAAGGAAAAGAUUCACCCUAUUCGUGUUUUUUGCCUGAUGUCCCAUUUGGUUUUGUCUUUGCCUUCAUCCCACCUGUCUGCCAACAGGUGCAUGCUGGGACCAGCAGACAAGGUGGUGUUUAUGCAGGCGUUGGGCAUGGCGCAUGGACGGUCACUGGACAUCCGUGCAACACUGUAAAACUGUUACAAUAUUCAUAAUACUGGCAUGUUCAGCUGCUAAACCAGCGAGUGGUUGAAGUCUCCAAGCUUGUCCUCAAGUAUUAAGUUAGAUCGCUUGUACUCUUCUCUGAAGUCAAGAAAGCAACUGCCACGCUAUGAGCUAGCAGGAUGUUCUCCUAUAACUGACAAGCCCUUGAAACAGCAAGACCCCAGAAGCCCCCCUACUCCCUCGCCCUUAUUUUCUUCUUCGUUCAUCUUUUAGGGUUUCCGCCAGUGUAUUACGAGCUCCUUAAACGCCAGAUAUUUUUGUUUUUACACAACAGCUACAUAUAUUAAUUUAGCUAAUACGUCAUUAGCCUACUGUUACUGUUAACCACUUUACACAGCCUGAAAAAAGUUGUUCAAAUUUAAUUGUUUUACUUUCUAGUUGGUAUCCAUCCACCUAUGUCCACUAAUAACAGAACCACUAGGCUUUUUUACUCUACGCUAAUGAUGUUUAGCAUGAUUGGUGCUCUCGCUUUUAAAAGCUGGAAAGCCAAAAAUAAACUCUUCAGUUUCUCGUUACCUGUUGUGUGCACAGGUGUGUCACAGCCGGUCAACGGGAGACGGUGUGUUUCCUUUUAAUCCUACUGUACACAAACUGCUUGCAAUUCAAUUACAGCUGCAGCAGGGGGCGCUCAUGGCACAGUCCUCAAUGAAUAGGAAUGAAUGCAGGUAAAUGCCAAAAUAAUUAUUUAUGUUUGUAGACAAAAAUAUGUACAUGUAUGUUUAAACCUUUGCACACAAUAUUGUUAAUAUGUACAAACUGAAUCGAACUGAACAAAUUUAUGACUUUUUGUUUUGUUUUUUUA